AAAUUUGCUGAUUUUAAGCGUGCUCUCGUGCAGAAGGAGCUUUCGACUAACUCUCAAAUCAAGAAGUUGAAGACUGAGGCGAAGGCUUCCGGUAGCUUCCAGUUUAAAGGUAACAAGCUACAGUUUGAGUUCAAUUCAAGCUUGUUAGACUCUAUAAACAUUGCUUUCGAUCACCUCCACGAGGAAGACUUGUCAGGUGUUAACAAGGAGCUUGAGAACGUCAAAGCGUCACUGAACAAACAAAACAAAGUUGUACGUUUUAGAGACAAGAGUUCCGCUGGUUGGGCGGCGGUGGAAGAGUAUGAAUCUGACGAAUUGGCCGACGAUUCGGAAGACGAGAAGAAACUACGAUCUGCCGAAAGAAGGGCGCUCUCCAAGAUUCGCCUGCGUAAACAGUCUCGAAGUUCUGGUCAGACCCGCAAAUUUCAGCAGGACCGUGAUGGCCCUCUGGGCGCCGGAGGUUCUUCGAACAGCUCUACUUCUCAGCCUUUUCGCCACCAGCCAUUUAUUCAACAGUCCUUUCGGUCGUAUCGGAGUACUCGAACACCACAGCCUUCCGACAAAUGCUUCGCCUGCGGGCAGUUUGGGCACUGGGCAAACUCGCCUUUCUGUCCUAGCUACAGCCGCGCCUACGGCAACAGGGCCUUGCCAGCUAUCUCAACCACUACCGUUAACAAAUAAAGGAACUCUAGAAAGACUUGGAACAGAUGAGUAUCGUAAUGUUGUAGAUCCGUUUAGUACUUUUGUCGGAAUUGAAGAAACAGACUUAUUAUAGAACGCAGUUAUGUAGAUUAUUUUGAGGGUUCUGAAUCAGUUAUCGUGAAGGGGACGUUGAGAGCUAAUGUUCAGUUUUGGGAAAGCAGUAGCCAACGCACCAGCAAUAAUAUAAGUCGCAAAAGAGUUUUAAUUCAACUGGAACAACUCGAACUCUUGACCUUAUUUACAUGAUGUUGCCAGUGGUUUCUAGGAUAAAGUAACAAACAUAUAUGUAAUUCUCGCCUUGCUGAUUAAUGUUGUUACCUUUAUUGCAUCCAAAUACAGGUAACAUAGGAAAUACGAGAUAAACGAAGACAGAGGACAUUACCCGACGAUUUGGGAAUACGGCGAACGAAGUAAGAUAAAGAACGUACGUAGUUGUAACAGCUAGCGAACUAGAGCAAGAUACUUUACGAUUUGCAUAACCCGCGCGAAAGUCGAAUUACUUAUACGUAAACACGCGGACUGGGACUAGGCGGGGGAUUGGUUACUACAAUUGGUGCUUCUAAUUUUGUUCUUAGCGUUAUUAGGGAAGGGUAUAAAAUUCCCUUUUACUUUACUCCUACGUCAGUUUUUCUUCCGAAUAAUAAGUCUGCUCUGCAUAAUGCCGAUUUCGUUUUAGGCGCUAUCACUGAACUUCUUAAGGUCGAUUCGGUCGUGCAGUGUCCUUGUCCGCCAGUAGUUGUGAAUCCACUCUUUGUUUCUAUUCAACCUAACGGGAAGGGAAGGCUCAUAUUGGACCUAAGACACGUUAACUUUUUUGUUAAGAAAUCCAAGAUUAAGUUUGAGGAUGCUAAGUCCUUUUUGGAGUGUCUGGUAGCCUCACCUUGCGCAUGGGCUUGUUCGUUUGAUAUUAAGUCGGGCUAUCAUCUAGCCUGUUCCAGGCUCCGAGAUAGUGGUGAAAAGUCGUUCAGUAAAAAGAAAUGAUAAUAACGCGCGGGAGCUGGGGAGAGACAGGGCGCCCCCUUUCCCAAGUCGCGCGCGUCUUAUUUUCGCUUUGCUCCUUUAAUACGUCCCCACUAUACUAUCUGAGAGCCUGGCACAGGCUAGCUAUCAUCAUACUGAGAUAUUUGAAUCUGAUCAACAAUUUUUGG